AUGUUUCACCAAAGCAGUUUUUGGGGGUUAAUACCGUACUAUAAUUUCGAAAAACGUUCCAUAGAAAAUCCAAAACAAGAAAAAAUUAAAAGCGCUAUGCUAAUAAUUCUGAUUAUUACUGGAAGCUUGUUCUCUACAGCUCAAAAACACCAGUUGUUUAGAAAUCUGAACCUAUGUCUAGAUUUCGUCAACGAUAUUGUCAACUGCAUUAUUCCAGUUACAGUUGCAAUAAAAGUCUCCUUUUCCGAUAGAGACAAAUGGCUACGUUUGAAUAACAGUUUUCAACAAAUUGAUAAAAUAUUCAACAAUCGUGGACAACAACAAAGCAAUUUUUUAAGGAACCCGGUUUUUCAGUGUGCUGUUAACGUGCUUGCAUUUAUUAUUGUAAUGUUAUAUGUCAUGGGGACAUGGUGUUAUCAUUUUGGCAUAGAUGUGAUAUUUCGAACCUAUCUUGUCCACACCUUUUGUUAUAACUGCAACACAGUUUUGUUUACUUUAAUUACGAAUUAUGCCCUAGCGUUCAGAUGUAGAUACCAAGACUUGAACCGCUAUCUCAAUAUCGAUACUUUAAAGACUAAAUACAAAAAUGGAUCUUCACUGGUGCCUCUUCUUAGACAAGUGGGGACUUUAUCUAGAACCCUUUCUGAAAUGGUCAUAAUAUUCAACGAAAUUUUUGGAUGGACUUUUGUUUUUGUUGCUGCAAAAACUAUUACUCAUAUUUUAGCAACUUGUAUGAUACUUCUCGAAAAGGAAACUGAAGUUGCAAACAUAGAGAUGUGGUUAUCUGAUUUCCUGGCCUUUUCCCUAACUAUAGUGAAUUUUACUAUACUAAUGAUGAGCGGCAGCAGCGUCACAACAGAAAGCUCAAAAACUGCAUUUUUAAGUUAUAAACUGCAAGAGCAUUUUCCCCCUAAAUCUGAUGAAAGGUUAGAAAUUUUGAUUUUAGCAAGACAGGUUCAAGCUAAUGAGGUCAAAAUCACAGCUGGUGACUUCUUUGAAAUUAACAGAAGCACCUUUUGUGGGAUUUUAGCCACGUGCACAACUUACGUGAUAGUAGUUUUGCAAUUUAGUGGAAACUUUUGA